UUAGCUGAUUUGAAUUCUCUCUUGAUAUUUCCCAUAAGUACCACUCUGAAGUAGGCUUAUAAAAUCGCGGCCAACCCUUUUCUGCGCUGAGUAGCCUUCAAAUGAAUUCAUUGUUCUUUUUAUCAUUUUCAGGGUUUAUUUUGAGUAGCUCAAAUCCAUUACAUUCCAAUAAGUUCUGAGUAUUCUUGAAUUCUGAACCAUGACGGUCAAAUACAAGUUGCUUUACUUUGAUCUCGCCGGGCGAGGGGAAGUGAGUCGCCUCCUGCUGCAUCAAUCCGGAGUUGAAUUUGAAGAUUACCGAGUCAAAGGCAAAGAUGAAUGGCCAAGCCUGAAGAAAGACAUGCCCUUCGGUCAACUUCCCGUGCUCCAGGUAUUUACCGAUGAGGGCACCAAAAUGUUGGCUCAGUCGAAUGCCAUCGCUCGAUUCAUCGCCAGGAGCCAUGGCAUGGAUGGCAAAGACACCUGGGAAUCUGCCCAGUGUGACAUGCUCGUGGAUGUCAUGGGAGAUAUCCAAGAUCUCUACAUCAAGUGGAAGUUCGGUGGCGAUGAGGGGAAAGAAGAGAAAAAAGCCAAACUCCUUGAGAGUGUACCUUUGUUCCUGACGAGAAUGACUAAGUUCAUCGAAGCCAACCCAUCGAAGAGUGGUUACCUUGUCGGCUCUGAGCUGACCUGGACUGAUGUCUGCUUGGCCUACACACUUGACAUCUUGAAGGGCGUUGAACCGAAUAUUGCUGCGGAUCAUCCCAAAAUCCAGGAGCAUCAAGAGAAAAUAUGGAGUCAACCACGUAUCAAGGCUUACAGGACCAAGCAGGAACGCCCGACUUAAUUUCCUACAGGGCACUGGAUUGAACGAAUAAACUGGGUUUAGAAAAGUCGGACACUUGCCGUGGCCAUGAAAGUGAACUUCGAAAUCGAUCACUUUCAUUCUCAUAUGGCUUUUGAUGGAGAUUGAGCAUUCUGUAUUAGUGUGUACUAUCCAUUUAAUGUUGCUCAAUCUUAAUCAAAUGUAUUCGUUUCGUCUCGAGUCGUCACAUUGGGAGAGUCCUAUAUCCCGGUUUACGAAGCAGUUGCUGUAACCUGUAUUUAAGAAAGAUGCACAAAAUGAGAAAAGCUUCGUUUGCAUUCUUCAAUCCUUAUACAUGCAUGGGCUUUUCUGUUUCUGUUGUGCAACAGUAGCUGGAGGUGGCGAAGUGGCAUGU